AUGAUGAGAGAGAAAGGCGACAAGCCCCAGGAGGAUAGCGACGAUGACAAUGAUCCAAAUGAUCCCGACGGGAACGAGGACCUCGAAACCCACAAGGAGGAUGCCCCCAGUCCGAAUGACGAUGGAGAGGACGUCAACAAGCACACCUACGGCUAUGAGAACGAGGACGGUACCUACACAAUCGUGAAGGGCUACGUUCCACCCGACCAGUGA